GCGAACGCAAAAACGAACAGCGAUAGAUAGUCGGUCGAACGUGACGUGCGCGUACACUUAUCGCGCUUCAAACUCGUUCCCGAGCCUUCCCGAUUCGUCGCUUACAGGCACGCAGUAUGACGAUAUAAAUAGCGAGUACUUACUAAUAACGAGUAAAAUGUGUAUUUCAUAAGAGGAACGUAUAUAUAAGAGAGGAGGCCGAAUUUAUCGUUAUUAGAGUUUAUAGUUAAAUCACGCGUGCUCGAUUACGAUUAAGUAACAAGAGGAAAGACAACAAACGGCCUGACAGACACUUGGUAACGUCGAGGCCUCGAACACGCUUGCCAGUGUACUAUUUCGAAUUUCCCGCCGUGCAGAGCGCCAAUCGUCGAGCAUCGUGAUCAUAGGUGUACACCCGCCAAUCGUUCGUGAUGCUGAACACGAGGACCCUCGCCGUCGCUGCAGCAUCGCAUCUCAUAGUCGAAAGUGUCUUACCGUCUUGGUUGGUUCGCGUGUCCGGCAGUCAUGUCGUACCCAAGCGUUCCAUCGGCGAUCGUGCCCUUAGCCGUGGCCAAAUAUCGCGCAACGACAUGCUCGACAAUUACCAAAAGACACGAGAAAAGUACAAGUCUAAAAAACUUCCCCUUGACGUGAAUCCAAAAGGGGUGUUUGCCUGCAACGAACUCGACCUGAAAGAGGUGCAAGUUUAUGGAUUCGAUUAUGAUUACACGUUGGCUUGUUACAAGCCAUCCAUGGAUUACCUGUUGUACAGUCUGGGUCGUGAUAUGCUCAUUCAAAAGUAUAAGUACCCCGUGGGAAUCGGCAACCUCGAGUACAAGAAGAAUUUCGCAGUUCGUGGCCUGCAUUACGACAUCGAAAAGGGUCUGCUGCUGAAACUCGACAGCUUCUUGCAAAUUCAAUUUGGCGCCGUUUACCGCGGUUUGCAUCCAGUACCCGCCGACGAGGUCCUUAGGCUCUACAAAAACCGGAUAAUACCGAUCGCUUAUGUGGAAGCGCCUCAUAAACAUUCUCAUAAAGAUGCACUGCACCGAACGAAAAUGAUUCAGCUGGCUGAUCUAUUUUCGGUACCGGAAAUGAGUCUUUUAUGUAACGUUACCGAGUACUUCCUUAGGAAUCAUAUCGAUUAUCACCCCGAAAUACUUUUCAGAGACGUUAAGAAUUCUGUACAAAGUUGUCAUCCUAUAAUGCACGGUUUGGUAGUACAAAAUGUAUCCGAAUAUUUGGAAGAAAAUAAGGAUUUAAAAAGGUUUUUCGAUCGACUUAAGAAAGCUAAUAAAAAAAUGUUUUUAGUAACGAAUAGCCCUUUUCAUUUUGUCGAUACUGGAAUGAGAUUUUUGGUUGGCGAUAAUUGGAAAGAUUAUUUCGAUGUAGUGAUAGUACAAGCAAGAAAACCGAAAUUUUUUACCGAUGAAUCUCGACCUCUUAGAAUAUACGACGAAGUUAACAAAACGCAGCUGUGGGACCGAGUCACCAAACUUAAAAAAGGAGCUAUAUACCUUGAAGGCACGGUUAAACAAUUACAAGAUAUGACCGGAUGGCGGGGCCAUCAAGUAUUAUAUUUUGGAGAUCAUCCUUACAGCGAUUUAGCGGAUGUAACGUUGGAGCACGGUUGGCGAACUGGAGCUAUAAUUACAGAAUUAACGCAUGAAAUUGCAACAUUGAAUAAUCCAAAAUUUAAAGAAAAUGCAAAUUGGCUGCAAAUGCUGACAGGAUUGAUCGAAGAACAUCAAGAUUACGAAGGAACGGAUGUGCAAGCAGUACUCGAUGAAUGGAUCAAGGAAAGAGAUAAAUUAAGGAACGAGAUAAAACGAGUAUUCAACGAACAAUUUGGCUCUGUGUUUAGAACAUAUCACAACCCCACGUAUUUUUCAAGAAGACUUUUCAGAUUCGCUGACAUUUAUAUGAGCUCGAUUACGAAUCUAUUAGAAUACUCAACAAGUCAUACCUUCUAUCCGAGAAGAGGCGUAAUGCCACACGAAUAUACGAGUUAUUUCGUGUAAUACUUGUACAUAGCUAUCUGUUAUUUCAGUUUAUGACUGAAGAUAGCCAAAUGCUUUGAAGCGUGACAGCGGCUUACGGAUCAAUGAUCAAAAGUAUUUCGAUCAAAACUUCUGAAGAAUGGGACAACAACGUCAAAAGUUAGGUAUUUGGAAAAUUGAAAUGCAUUUGCAUACAAUUUUAUGUAUAUAACAAGAACUACUCUUGUCACUGCUCUUAGUGCGUUAAAAUUAUGCGAUAUUUGGCGCGAAAAUACCUGAUAUUCAUAAAUUUACAUGUACAUCGUCAUUAUUUCUUUUUCUUUUUUUCUUUUUUUCUUUCUUUCUUUUUUUCUUUCUUUUUUUUUUCUUUCUUUUUUUCUUUUUUCUUUUUUUCCUUUUAGCAAAAUAUAAAACUAUUUUGCUGGAAAGUUAAUUUAUUCGAAAUGAAUCAACAUAAACUAUAUAUACAUGUAAAUGUUUCGUAUAUGUCGCGUUAUUAUUUAGAACGUCUGAAAAUUCUUGAGAAUAGAUUUACAAAAUUACAGAAAGUUUACAAAAGAAAAGAAAAAUAGGAUAGUAUUACAAAGAGAAAAAUGAGAUGAUCUAUUAUAGAACGGUAGAAUGGUGCACUGCUUAUUCAGCAUUAAAAACUAUUCCAUUUGAAAUACAUAUUUCUUUCUCCUUAUGGCAAACAGAUACAGAUACUAUACGCAAUUUAUUCAGGUACAAAAUUUGUUAUGCUAAAUGUUGAAUGUAACGUUCGGUGUCAAAGUACACGUAUGUAUAUCGUAGAUACUAUAAAAUAAACAUAUGGAAAUUACUCUACUCUCUGAUAUAAUAAAGUACAAUUCACAAGUUGAGUAGGAUAAAAGAAUUAAAGUUAGUAGGAUUGUCCUUAAUAACUGUAAUUUUAGUUUCAAGUUAACAGCAAGUACAAGGUGGUACUUUUAUUUUUGCUGUUAGAAAUAUUCGCGCUGCUAUCCUUGGACGAGAAUAUUCAUUUACCUAACAGGAGGUAUUACGAUAUUCGUGGCAAUAGUGCUGUACCGUCUGGUAAAAAACAUAUAUUAUGUACAUAAUUUUAGCAAACGUGUAUGAUAUUAAGAUCUCGGAAAAAAAGAAAACCGCAACAACAAGUUACCACAACGAAAUCUUUCAAUCGUAAUAUAUAUCACGUCUGAAAAUCAUCUCAUCUAUACAAGAUCAAAUAUUUUCGAGAAUAAAAACGUAGAAAUCACUCUUCUGUUCGUAUUAGUUUCUUCUACUGUAACGUUUUUUCUUUUUUCUUUUUUUUUUUUCUCUUCUUUUUCCUUUUUUUCUUCUUUUUUAAGAUUUUACUAGGUUCUACGCAAAGAGAAUACGAUACAUCCAAUUAUAUACUAUAUCGAAAUUACUAAUAUAGAAGAGAGAAAAGAAAUUCCAUUUAAUAUUUUGUUUAUCGUAAUAGUACAAUAGUAUGUUUUAAGGUUGUUUUGUUUCCGCUAAAUACAACAUGUGUUCAAAUGUACGUAGAUAGUGGUGAUAGUUAAUAAAAAGUAAAUUUAGACAAA